AUGAAAAAAGUGAUGAAAUCACUUGGUUUGCGGUCGAGGCUGUAUCCUUCUCCGAUCCAAAGAAAUUACUUUAAAAACCUGUUAGGUUCGGCAGAAGUUAAAGAAACACGUUGCAGAAUUAAUGAAUAUUCUGCUCAAUCAUUGAUCAUGAUAAAAAAUUUUAAUUGCAAUUUGGACAUGAUUUAUGGAAAAUAUUUACGGACAUUUUCUAUGACUAUUGUGAACAAGAAGAAUGUGUUUGAUUAUGAAAACGACAUGCAUAAGUUUUUUACUCAAAAAAAUCAGAUUUUAGAGAGUCCGUCUUUAUGUCAACAUUAUGAAAAUGUGUUGUUGGAAUUAAUGGAUUGUCCCACAGAUAUUCGAUAUCACAAAUCCACCUAUUUUGUUGCCUCUUUUAUCAUUGAAUGUAUUGACUUGUUAAAUAUGGAAAAAGACAGAGAUUUCUUACUUUUAAAAGCUUGGGAUUUUUUAAAUGCUGGAACCUUUACAGAAGUAGAAGUUCCACAAAAGAAUGCCAUGCUAGUGCAAUUAGCAACUUUAUUGCAUGAUAUUGACAAAAUGGAAGAAUCUUUUGAUGUACAUUUUAACUAUAUCAAACAGCAAUUGGUUCAGUAUAGACAAUUCAAAAAACCCUUACAAGUACCUCUUGAUGACAUCGUAAUAGGAUUCAGUUGCGCUCCUCAUGUGGGAAAAUAUGCUGAAAUGUCCUUACUUGGUGACUUAAUUGUGAACGUCUACAAAGCUCCAGAAGUACUGGAGCUAUUAAACUCACAAGCCAACACUGAUCAGCAAAUUGAUUAUUCAGCAAUCUAUAAUAUUUUGAAAGCGUAUCCAGUCCCCAAUGAACCAAUCCUAAGUGAUCCUAUGAAGAAAUUGACACCUAUCUCCGGCCAUAUGAAAAUGACCUCAAUGAUAUGCUGGGUAAAUGACAACAAAGAAGAUACUCUGGUCAACGACACAGAAGUCAUUACAUUAGACAAUAAUCAGUUGUUAGAGCUACAUCAAUGGGGAAAUGUAAUUUUGUGGUUUCAACAGAUUGUUCUCUCAGGAAUCAUUGGAGAAGACAAAGCCUACCUUUAUGGAUAUGCUCACAUUGAGGGAAUGGAUGCCGCCAGUUUUGGUCAUUCACCCAACGUUGUUCUUGAAGAAGUCAUGCAGUCCAUUACUAAUGAAGAAAUGAAGCAAACCAUUGAGGGUCUCAUCAAAGAAGGAAAAGAAGAAAAUGCCUCAACAGUGUCAUCAUGUGUGAUUGAGUCUCAAUACCAAUUUGAAAAUGCAUCCUCAGCAGAUAAUGAACAAGUGGAUCUUUUCUCUAAGGAUGAUUCAUCUAUUAUUCAUUGGAAAGGCGUUCUUAAAAAGACAGUCACAGAGACACACAAGACUGGAGAUGUUGUCAAAUUAACCACAAGUUUUGACGUGGAGUUGAGGUUUGAGGCUCCACACACACCCUGA